AGUGAGGACAUGGAAAAGAAAAAUGUAUCUUUGAUGACAGAAUUUGUUCUCACAGGACUUACAGAUCAUCAAGGGCUGCAGGUCCCCCUGUUCCUAGUGUUCUUGGUGAUAUACCUCAUCACCCUUGUGGGGAACCUUGGUCUGAUAGUGCUCAUCUGGAAUGACCCUCAUCUUCACACCCCCAUGUACUUAUUCCUUGGCAGUCUAGCCUUUGUGGAUGCAUGGAUAUCUUCCACAGUGACUCCCAAGAUGCUGGUCAACUUGAUAGUCAAGAGCAAGUUGAUGUCUCUCUCUGAAUGCAUGAUACAAUUUUUUGCUUUUGCGUUUGGUGGAACUACAGAAUGCUUUCUUUUAGGAACAAUGGCUUAUGAUCGCUGUAUUGCCAUAUGUAAACCUUUACUCUAUCCAGUUAUUAUGUCCAAUAGAGUAUGCAUUCGCCUAUUAGUUUUAUCAUUUGUAGGUGGUUUUCUUCAUGCUUUAAUUCACGAAGGGCUUUUACUCAGAUUAACUUUCUGUAAUUCUAACAUAAUACAUCACUUUUAUUGUGACAUUAUACCAUUAUUUAAGAUUUCCUGUACUGAUCCUUCUAUUAAUUUUCUAAUGGUAUUUAUUUUGUCUGGUUCAAUUCAAGUAUUCACCAUUGUGAUCGUUCUUGUUUCUUAUACACUAGUUCUCUUUACAAUUUUAAAAAAGAAGUCUCUCAAAGGCAUAAGGAAAGCUUUCUCCACCUGUGGAGCCCAUCUGUUGUCUGUGUCUUUAUACUACGGCCCCCUUCUCUUCAUGUACGUGCUCCCUGCGUCUCAACAAACAGAUGGUCAAGGUAUGAUGGAUUCUCUAUUUUACACGGUACUAAUCCCUGUAUUAAAUCCAAUUAUCUACAGUCUGAGAAACAAGCAAGUAAUAGAUUCACUGACAAAAAUGUUAAAGAGAAAUAUUUAG